CCCUUUUCCUGGUGAGCGGAUUUGAGAAGAGAGACGAGCCGUCCUUCGCAGGGGUUCGAGCACCUGCGGGAAGGGCCAGAUGUGGUAAAGAAGAAACUGCAGCGGUGGAAGGAGUUAAUUUUAGACCCUUCGUGUUUCCAAAGUUUAAAGUCCAGACUUUAAAAAACCACCUAAGCGUCUUAUACUCAAGAGAAGCCCCACUGAUCUCAAGAGGGACUUACUCCUGAGUAAGUGUGCUUUGAGAAAGCAGGGAGGGCCAAGCUUUGCCUCUCAGUGUAUAGGAGAGUGAUAGACUGUCUCCCUGAGGAAAUGUGCCCGGCAUUCAACCUUAUGCAAUUCUAGGGAUUUAAAAGCCUUUGUAAAGAGGGAGAAAAUAAAUCGCUUGGCUUCCCGUUUGGUGGUCCACAUGCCGAAACUUGGGCUGUCCUCUUUUGGACAGGAUUCUCUGGAAAAAGACCAGGAUGCUGGGAAAGGCGAGAAGCCGCAGGAAAAGAGGAAGACCCCCAACACGAGAUGGAUGGACGCCCUCGAGGAAGCCACAGGAGUGAGUUUGCAAGAGCCGAGCUGUUGAGGAUGAGACAUUUAUGCCCAAUAUGAUUCGCGGCUUGGAACCCAGCCACCCGUCCCUCUUUUUUUUCCUUGGGGUGAAAAAUCUUGUUUUUAAUAAGAACUCAGACAUGAGACCUGGUGCCAAAGACUUGGACUCGAACUCGGGACCUGGUGCCCAAAAUUCGGAUUUCGGACUCGGAGCCAAAGACUUGCCAGCUUCCCGGAUAUCGCCUCUCCCUGCCUUUCCUUUCUCGGCCUAAUCAUGCCCAAACCCCUGCAAGCCAGCCAGCCACCCCGAGUGGCUUCUAAUUUAUAGGCUUCUCUGCAGCCUGAGAAGGGCUUCUGAAGCAUCCCCUCCAGAGGACCCAGCGUCUGGCGGCUGACGAAGGCGCUUUCUUCCCUUGUACCUUCACCCGCCUGCCCUCCUCCCUCUCGGCUGCUGCAGCAUUUUUUUUAUUUUUUUUUUGCCGUGAAGCGUUGGCAGCAAAGAGCAUCCAGGAGGACGAAGCAGCCGAUGCCGUGUGCUAAAAGGAGACAGCGUUUCCGAUUCCCAUGCUAAGCACGUGGGGCAAACGUCCCCAUCAACCACCACCACCAGCCCCGUGGACUGUGCUGUCACUUAAUUUUCUUAUUUAAUUCCCCCCCUCUCUUUUUCUCCCCCCCUUCCCUUUCCUCCAGAGGCGACGCGGAUGCCGGGUGAGCCAGCAGGAUGGGACAGAUCGCCUGGAAAGCUCUGUGCCUCUCGCUCUUCGAUUAUAAAACCGAGAAAUAUGUCAUCGCCAAAAAUAAGAAAGUAGGGAUCCUCUACCGCACGGUCCAGCUCUCCAUCAUGGCCUACAUCGUGGGGUGGGUGUUUGUGGUCAAGAAGGGCUACCAAGACACGGACACCUCCCUCCAGAGUUCGGUCAUCACCAAAGUGAAAGGGGUGGCCUUCACCAACACGUCGGAGCUGGGCGGGAGGCUCUGGGACGUGGCUGACUACGUCAUCCCCCCGCAGGGCGAAAGCGUCUUCUUCGUAAUGACAAACUUGAUUGUCACCCCGAAUCAACGGCAGAGCACCUGUCCAGAGAGCCCUGGCAUUCCCGAUGCGCUGUGUUAUCACGACAGUGAUUGUCCAGAGGGAAAAGCUGUGGUUGCGGGUAACGGGGUUAAGACUGGCCGCUGUUUGAAAACUGGAGGCAACAGAAACGGGACCUGUGAAAUUUUUGCCUGGUGCCCCGUGGAGAAGAAAGGGCGACCCAGGAAACUCCUUCUAGCGAAUGCUGAGAAUUUCACCAUUUACAUCAAGAAUUCCAUCCGUUUCCCCCGUUUCAAAUUUUCCAAGACCAAUGUCUUGGACACCGACGACAACUCCUACCUGAAAAACUGCCGGUAUGGACCUGAGCAUCUCUACUGCCCCAUCUUCUCCUUGGGAAGCCUCGUCCGAUGGGCUGGGAGCGACUUCCAGGAAAUGGCGUCAGAGGGUGGCGUGAUCGGAAUCCAGAUCGAGUGGGACUGUGACCUGGACAAGGACGCCUCCAAGUGCAACCCCCGCUAUCACUUCAGCCGCCUGGACAACCGCUUUGCGGCGAAAUCCAUCUCCUCCGGGUACAACUUCAGAUUUGCCAAGUAUUACCGGGAUUCAUCCGAUGUUGACUUCCGCACGCUGAUCAAAGCCUACGGAAUCCGCUUUGAUGUCAUGGUCAAUGGGAAGGCGGGGAAAUUCAACAUCAUUCCGACGAUCAUCAACAUCGGCUCGGGCCUCGCGUUGAUGGGUGCAGGAGCUUUUUUCUGUGACCUGGUCCUGCUCUACCUUCUCCGGAAAAGCAACUUCUAUCGAGGGAAAAAAUAUGAAGAAGUGAGAUCCAGCAUCAGGAAAUCGUUACCGGAAACAACCAUCAAUGGGAACCAGAGCUGCGAUUCUCUAUCCAGGCUGGACCAGAUGAGACAAUUGGAGGCGGUGGAGACCUAA